AUUUCAGGUCUUCCCUCGCCCAUGUUAUUUUCUUUGAAAUCUACAUUUGAAUAUUUUUCUUUGGCUCAUUUUAUAGACAUUGUUUUGGUGGUACAGAUCAUAUUUAUAGAUGACAUAUUCAAAGUUGUCGUCCAUGUAUUUGAUGAAGAUGAGAAGUUAAGGGGUUUUUAUGAGGAGGAAGAAGAGGAUAAAUGGCUAAUUCAGAAAGAGUUUGUAGAUAACUUUUCUUUCAAAAUAUCCUCACCUGAGACGCACCGGAUAUGUGGCUUUAAUCUGUUCACAGGGUUUUGUACGAUGUCAGGGUAUAGUCGCUGUGAUCCUUUUUAUAUUGAAAUCAGAAACAAUACCAUUGGUCGAUCCUUGAUUUGUCAAGCCCAUAUCUUCCCUGUGAGAUCCAAGCGUGGUGUUCGUGAAAUCCAAUCGCUAAUGCACAUGAAAUUAGGGGUCGAUGAUCCUACAUUUGAUAAUGGUGAUGACGUGAGUAUUUCAGUGCUUCCACUUGAUCCAAAUAUUCAAAUAAGGACGAUUGGUGUACAAUGGUUGCAUGAAGAGGAAGGAAAUGAUGAUGAUAUCCAAUCAAAGGAUGAAUUUAUCACUGCCCACAACAGUAGCGAUGAUGAUGAUGAUGAUGAUGCACACGUAGCCAAAGUAGAAAUAGCUUCUCGUAUUCUUAGAAAUUAUGAUUGUUCUUUUCGUUCUGAAUUUUAUGAUGGCGAUUUUGCUUGGUGGUUUUUUUGCAAAGAAAGGUCUUGAACUUGUAUUGAUUUAGGAUUCAUUCAGUAGAGUUUUGUGUUUUUAGAUUUCAAGCAUAAAUAAAAUAAAAUAAAAAGCUUGAAAGCUUUUGAAAGAUUGUUUUUCGGAAUUAUCAUGAAAA